AUGAGCCUCGCUCGAUUGAGCGCCCGCGAGCUUGCUUUAAACGCCGCGGCGGCUGCGGCCAUAUCAAGUCUACCUGAUUUGGACGAGAAGGAUGUCGACAAUCUAGACGACUCAUGCCCGAUAUGUCUUUUGAGCUUUCGGUCUUUGUUGGAUGGCACGGCAGACGAAGUACUCGGCGAAUCGAGCAUGGGCUUAACGAAGGUUGAGGCGUGCGGUCAUAUAUUCUGCAUGAAUGAUUUGGCAGAGUGGAUUCGAGGAAAGCACGGUACAUGUCCCGCGUGCAGACAUCCCUUUCUUCCCGAACUAUUGGCAACGGAGUCGGACGACGAGUCUUCAGACGGGGGAGAGUAUGUACCGACAGAGUACGAAGCCGACACCGAUAUGGAUACCGAUUACGAGGACGACCGUGAUGGAUUCUUCGGCAGCGACGGCGUUGACAUCGAGACUAUGGAGCUUGAGGACGACGCAUCGUCUGCAGUCAAUACGAAUGCGGUGAAUCACGAAAGUGCUGUCAUACGUACUCAGAGUCCCUACGUGCGACGUGUCGCGAACGAACCGAGGGCACAUAUCAUCGAAGAAUCCUGGUGGGACAGUGGGAGCGUGGACGGAGAACAUGAAUGGGGCUUGACGGAUGGCGAAUCAAUGAGCGCCAGCGAUGACGGGAUGUAUCACAGGGAAGAUGAUCAUCGUGACACCGAUAUUCAAGUCCGCCUCGACUCCGAGGGCGAGUACGCGUUGCAGGAAUCGGAGCAAGGUCCUACUUCAGACAAACCUAGCCCUCCAGCACAAUGA